AUGGGUAUCGGCAACUACUUCAAGGCCGAGAAGCCCGGCAAGUCGGAGGAGGCACAACAGCAGCAGCAAGUACAGCAACUCCAGCCCCCACAACCACGUCGAGGCUCGAGACAACAUGGACACCAACAGGGCCAAUCAUCCGUCUCGGAGAAGCCGCCAUCAGAAAGGUUGACUCACAAUGAGCACGAACUUCAGCUUCCCACACCGCGGGGGAGCUCGAGGCCACAGUCAGUAUCAGGUCGGUCCAUCAAGUCAACAGGUAGCUCCAUGUUCCUGGAUGACAUCAAGCACGAGGUCAUGGUAAACUACCUUUACCAGCAGCAGUGCUCGCACUUGUGGGUAUCAGAUGGCAGCGGCGAGAUUGAGGGCGUGCUGUUGCGCAAGUCAAGGGGACAGUACAUGGCCUGCCCACCAUCACUUGGAAACUCACCAUUCGCCAUGGCUUGCGCUGCGCUCAAUGUUCAGGUAUGUGGACUGCUUGCAGUUAUCAAGACCUUUUUGGCCUGGUCGCCCGAUGCCGUUGAUGUGCCAUUGAUGAACGGCUUGCGCGUUCAAAUUCUUCCCACUAUUGACGACUUGCCACGUGCCAGAAAGCACCAGUUCGCCGCUUUUGUUGCCUCCGAGGGCCUCCUGAUUGUGUGGGACGACGAGGCGCUACACCUGGUGGAGAGAGCGAGGGGUAUUGAGAAGGAGCUGAUGGACUUGGUCUGGAAGGCUGGCGCUGAGGAAGAUGAGGAGGAAAAGGGUGGACUUCCCAUCCCUGUGGAGGCCGAGGUUGACGAGGAGAGCGGAGAGUUGAAGCCCGAGAAGAGACCAGUCCAUCUGCUCAACACCUAUCUCGUCAGCUUGACCCUCAUUCUGGUCACCGUCUCUCUGGGCGCCGCCUUCCGACAGCUCGCCAUUGAGGUUUCGGUCGACAACAACUACACCCGCUUGGCCCUCGUCGCCUUGUUCCCAGUACAGAUCUUCUUCACGCUCUUCUUCGCCCAGGUUAUCGUCGGUUGCCUGGCUCAAAUCUUUGGUCCGAUCCGCCAGCUCACCAUCAACUCCAAGUUUUACUCUGCUCGCCCACCUCCGAGACUGCAGGCGGCCAUCCUGCCACACGUGACGGUCCAGUGCCCCGUCUACAAGGAGGGUCUCAACGGUGUCAUUGCGCCCACCGUCAAGUCCAUCAAGCAGGCCAUGUCGACAUACGAACUGCAGGGUGGAUCUGCCAAUAUGUUCAUCAACGAUGAUGGCCUUCAGCUGAUCUCGGAAGAAGACCGCCGCGCCCGCAUCGAGUUCUACGCCGACCACAGCAUCGGUUGGGUUGCCCGUCCCAAGCACGGCGAGAAUGGUUUCACUCGCAAGGGCAAGUUCAAGAAGGCUUCUAACAUGAACUUUGCCCUCAUGAUCUCGUGCAAGGUCGAGGAGAAGCUCGAGCAGAUUCAGCGCACCCCGGAUUGGUCUCAGCACGAUGAAGCGAUGGCCUACGAGCGUGCUCUCAAGGAGGUCCUCGAGGCCGAUGGCCGCGCCUGGGCUGAUGGUAACAUCCGUGUUGGUGAUUAUAUCCUGCUGAUUGACUCUGAUACCCGUGUCCCCGCCGAUUGCCUGCUCGACGCCGUCUCCGAGAUGGAGCUCUCUCCCGAUGUCGGCAUCAUGCAAUUCUCGUCCGGUGUCAUGCAGGUCGUCCACACCUACUUUGAGAACGGCAUUACCUUCUUCACCAACCUCAUCUACAGCGCUAUUCGGUACACUGUCUCCAACGGUGAUGUCGCCCCCUUUGUCGGUCACAAUGCCAUUCUCCGCUGGUCCGCUAUUCAGCAGGUCUCGUAUGAGGACGAGGAUGGGUACGAAAAGUUCUGGUCCGAAAGCCACGUGUCGGAAGAUUUCGACAUGUCUCUGCGUCUCCAGUGCAAUGGUUACAUCAUUCGUCUCGCUGCGUGGGCCGGUGAAGGGUUCAAGGAAGGUGUGUCACUUACCGUGUACGACGAGUUGGCCCGUUGGGAAAAGUAUGCCUAUGGUUGCAACGAGCUGCUCUUCCACCCUAUUCGCAUGUGGAUCUGGAAAGGGCCAUUCACGCCUCUCUUUCGCCGCUUCCUGUUCUCCAACAUUCGCUUCACCUCCAAGAUCACCGUCGUUUCUUACAUCGGUACCUAUUACGCCAUCGGCGCUGCCUGGAUCAUGACCAGCGUCAACUACUUCCUCAUGGGCUGGUUCAACGGGUACCUCGACAAGUACUAUGUCGACUCGUGGCAGGUUUGGUUCUCCAUCAUCAUUGUGUUCAACGGACUGGGCAACAUCGCCCUGGCUGUCAUGAGAUACCGUGUCGGCGAGCGCAACAUUCUGUACGCCAUCUUUGAGAACUUCAAGUGGACCUUCUUGCUGGCCAUCUUCUUGGGUGGUCUCUCGCUGCACGUUUCGCAGGCCCUGCUGGCCCACAUGUUUGAGAUCGACAUGACAUGGGGUGCCACCAGCAAGGAGGCCGAGUUCUCCAACUUCUUCAUCGAAGUGCCCAAGGUGCUCAAGAAGUUCAAAUUCUCAAUGCUUUUCGCCUCGCUCUUCAUUGCCGGCAUGGUCAUCCUCGCCGUUGCGCCCUUUAUUCCUUACAGCUGGCACAUCACCGACUUUGUGGCCAUCCUUCCCAUGGCGACCGUCGCGGCAUCGCAUCUGUUGCUGCCGCUUGCUCUCAACCCAGCGCUGAUGACCUUCUCGUGGUAA